AUGUCGCCCGCCCACCUCGCCAGCUUUUUCAAAGUGUGCGGACCCAUCGCCGCCAUCGCCUGCUCACCGAAGGAGCCAAAGGCGGGUAUCUGCUUCAAGGAGGCGAGCGCCCGGAGGAUGGCGCUCCUGUUGGACCGGGGCAUCGUGGGCUACGUGCCCGUGCGGGUCUUCGCCUUCAGCGCCCAGCAGCACCCCGACCUGGGCCUCGCCCUCCAGAACGCGCUCGCCGACCCCGCCUACCGCCUGCCGCUCAGCCCGGCCUCGUCGCCCUCGGCCUCACCGUCCUCCCUCGCCUCCGCCACAGCCGCGCCGGUCGUCUCCUCCAGCACGGCCCAGCUUCGGCCGCAGCCCAGCGUCCCACCGCUGCCGUCGACGCCCAGCAGCGCUUCGCUGGCGGUGCCUUCGUCGUCGGCGUCGGCCGGCGGCUCUGCGCGGUCGACGCCGGCGUCGUCGCCCCGAGACCACUCGCCGCCGCCGCGGGCGUCUGUCAGGGAGGCUAUCGCCUCGAUCAGGGAGAUCGGCCCCGAGGACCACAAGUUCGGGGUGGUCAUCUCCAACCUGUCGGCGCACUGCACGCCCGACCUGCUCUACGAGUUCUUCAUCCUGUGCGGACACAUCGAAGAUAUCAUCAUCUUCAGGGAAGAAGGGGUGAUUGAUGCGGUGAUGAUGUUCGAGGUCGAGUACUCGGCCAACAUGGCGCUGUCCCUGAGCGGCGCCGUCGUGGCCGGGUCGGUGGUCAGUGUGGCCCGCCUCUCGUCCGCCGUGGUCAACAAGCUCGCGCAGGACUACCACCUCUCCAGCGCCGCCUGCUGGGAGCGCAAGCGGGUCAACAACAGAGAAACACACAAGGCCAGCGCUGCAGAGCCUGCGGACAAGCCGUCGGGCGCGGCGCAGGUCGUACCCCAGCUGGAGCUGGCGCAGGCCAAGCCCGAGUCGAAGCCCAAGAGGACGAUCGGGGAGAGUGACGAUGACGACGACGAUGAGGUCGAGGAAGAAGAGGAGCGGGAGAUCGACGACUUCAGCCCGCGGCCCGCCGCCACCUCGCCCGAGGCUGCUUCGAGCGCAGCCGUGCCCAAAUCAAAGGAGUCAUCACACAGCAAAGUGCAGUUCGACGUGGAGAAUGCGGUGCUGUUUCACGAGGGUCGCGGAGCGCUCUUCAACCUGCGGGAUCUCGCCACUGUCUAUGUCUCGCCGGACCGGUUUUUGCGGAAGGGACGCAUUUAUCGAAGCGCGGCGUGGGCUCGCUACUCGCACCUAAGGACCGACGACUUCCGGGCGGCGUCCGACUACGUACGCAAGGAGCUCGGCAUCAAAACCAUCAUCGACCUCCGCUCCGGCGAAGAAAAGAGCAUGGACGCGUGGUACCAGGAAGUGGAGAUCUUCUACCGGACCGCGCAAACGCCCGCGGUGUCGCGCAACCUGAAGGUGCAGCUGUUCGCGACGUCGUCGACGAGCAUCAAGUGGAAGAUGUUCAAGUCGGCCUUCUCGUCGUCGUCGUCGUCGUCGUCGUCGUCUUCGUCGCCAUCGGCCUCUUCCUCAUCGACCGACCGCGCGCGCCGCAAGCCGGGCGACGGCAAGAGCAAGCUGUUUUUGGGCCUCAACUUUUACGACCUCCAGAACUUCCAGCUCCCGGGCAGCAAGCGCCAAAUCAACAUCAACGUCGACGCCGCUGCCCAGAUGUUUUUGUCGGAGGUGAUCACGCCGAUGGGGCUCGAAGGGUUCACGAAGCUGUUCGUGAUGUACGCCAAGGACGAAAUCGGCUCCGCCCUUCGCAUCUGCGCCGACCCGCGCAACUACCCCAUCCUCAUCCAUUGCACCUCCGGCAAGGACCGGACGGGUUUGAUCGUGGCGCUGGUGAUGACGGUGUGCGGCGUGGACCGAACCGAGGUGGUGGAGAACUACCACCUCUCCGAGCGCUUCCUGGACCCCAUCGCCCACGAGAUACGCGAAGAGAACGGCAAAAAGGGCUUGGGUGAGUCGUUCGACGGGACGCCGCGGCCGCUGAUUCGGAACAUUCUGGAGUUCAUCGACGCCAAGUGGGGCAGCGUGCCGGACUACCUCCACAACGCGUGCAACUUCACCUACGACGAGCAGACCCGGCUCCGCAAGAACCUCCUCCGCUCCCGCAUCCUCGCCCAGCUCGACGCCAUCCGCUCGUCGCCCUCCUCACCCAUCUCCUCCUCUUCUUCCUCCUCUUCCUCCUUCUCAUCGCUGUCGUCGGCCUCGUCGUCGUAUUCGUCGCCGUCGUCGGCUUCGUCGUCAUAUUCAUCGUAUCACCCGCAGCCGCACCAGUACCAACCGCAGCGACCGGCGCCGCCGGUGCCGCCGCCACCGAUGGCGGAUCGCUACGCGCCGCUCGUGCCGCUCGACAUCGUCGAAACCCGCCCGCGCGCCGACUCAGCGACGUCGCUCGCCACCGCUGCCGACAAGGCGCCGCCGGUGCCGCUCGACCACACGUGGCCCUCGCCGCUGCCGCCCGUGCCGCCGCGCCCGUGGCAGAGCACCGGCGACCUGCUGACGUCAGCAGGCCAGAAGGGGGGCGUGGGAGCGCCGCCACCUCUCCCCGCGCGGCCCCACGCCCUGCAAUCGUCGUCAUCAGCCUCAGCGCCGACCUCGCCCGCAGGCGACCACCACCUACUGGCGGCCACCACAACCAGCGCGUCGGCGCCGCCGCCGCUGCCAGCGCGGCCCCACCAGCAGCCGGCGGUCGCAUCGCCUCAGUUGCAGGAGAAAGAGAGAGAAAAGGAAAGAGAAGAAAGAAAGGAGCAGGAGGCGAAGGAGGAAGAAGAGGCGAAGGAAGAGGAAAAGAAGGAGGAAAAGGAGGAAGAAGACGAGUUGGACGAGGAGACGCGGGCGCGGGCGGUUCGGGUGACCGGGCUGCCGCCGUUCAUGGCCACUGCCGAGGUCGCCCACUUCUUCGUCUUCUCAGGGCGCAUCGAACGUCUGCGACACGAACGAGCGGAGGGGUGUGCCACGGUGAUCUACGCUUCGAAGAGCGCGUUGCAGACAGCCCUCCACCUGGACCACGCCCUCGUCGGCGGCCGCUCCGUCCGCGUCCUCCCGCUGCCCUCGCCCGCACCAAAGGUGGAAAAUUAA